UGGGGCUGGGGGGCUGUUGUGGGCUGUGGGCAGCCUCCAGCCAGCUAGGUGGAGUGUGUGUGUGUGUGUGUGCGUGCGUGCGCGCGCGUGUGUGUGGGCGCGCGUGUCUGACCACAGGUAGUAUUCAGAUUACCCUGCCUGUUCUGGUCUGUUCUCUGCCAUCUGACCAGGACGGUGCAGCUCAGCCGGUCCCAGCACUGGAAUUUCCCAGGAGCAGGGGGAGCAUGGAAUUUGGACUUUCCUGAGCAGCUGAAGUGAAGCGCGGCGCUUGUCCGACCCAGGAGAGCACCAUGGAUGGCGAACCGCGGGGCAGGGACGACAGCAAGCUGCCGAGGCCAGGAGGCCCUCCUGACGUCAGGCUCCUUUCAAACCCAUUAAUGGGGGAUGUUGUAUCUGAUUGGUCUCCUAUGCAUGAAGCUGCAGUCCAUGGACGUUUGCUGUCUUUGAGGAACCUCAUCAGCCAGGGGUGGCCUGUGAACCUCAUCACGGCAGAUUACGUGUCCCCACUCCAUGAAGCCUGUCUUGGAGGUCAUCCUUCUUGUGCAAACAUUUUAUUAAAGCAUGGAGCUCAGGUGAAUGGUGUUACUGCAGACUGGCACACUCCCUUGUUUAAUGCUUGUGUCAGCGGCAGCCAGGACUGUGUGAAUUUGCUUCUGCAGCAUGGAGCCAGCCCCCACCCUGCGAGUGAUCUGGCCUCCCCCAUCCACGAAGCUGCUAAGAGAGGCCACGUGGAGUGCAUCGAGUCUCUUGCGGCUCAUGGGGGCGACAUUGACCAUAACAUCAGCCAUCUGGGCACACCAUUAUAUCUGGCUUGUGAAAACCUGCAGGUAGCCUGUGCCAAGAAGCUUCUGGAAUCAGGAGCAAGUGUGAACCAAGGCCGGGGACUGGACUCCCCUCUUCACGUGGUGGCCAGGGCGUCCAAUGGGGAACUGGCCUGCUUGCUCAUGGACUUUGGAGCAGACACUCAGGCCAAGAAUGCUGAAGGCAAACGUCCCUCGGAGCUGGUGCCUCCAGAGAGCCCCCUGACCAAGCUCUUCUUGCAGAGAGAAGGUGCUUCUUCUUUGCCUGAACCUAAGCCCUAAUCCAUAGAGACUCCUGUGGGCUCUAGCAGGAGGCAGGGCCCCCUUCUUUGAUGCAGUUGUGCCGCCUUAGAAUUCGGAAGUGCUUUGGAAUCCAGCAGCAUCAUAAGAUCACUGGCCUCAGCCUCCCUGAGGAGCUGAAACGGUUUCUCCUACACAUUUAAGUGUGUCAAGGGAAUGGAGUCACAAACAACAGACAAACGUUAAGGGUUGAGGCCCCUGAGGUUUUAAAAUAAAAUCAGGUUUAUAGAA